UCGACGAGACGGCUUCUGAAAAGCCUCGCAAGCGUAAAUCCCGCGAGACCUUUAUAUCCGUGGACAGUAGUUCAAGUUUGUCUGUUCUACCAACAACCCGCAAGCGCAGACGCCAGAACGCCGAGGACAAUGUCAUCAGCCAGGGGAAGUUUGGCCCGUACACGCUAGCGGACCCCAGUGCCACAGUCAUGGUCAUGCCUGUUCAUGACCCAAAGCCGGUCAACAUCAGUAGCCGCAGGUCCCAUGAUCCCCACGGCAAUCCCCUUCGGACGAGGAGAUUUGGGGUGAUGGAACUGGAUGAUUCCUACCCCAGCGCGUCCGACAACGUUACGAAGGAGCCCUCAUCAGAACUGAUCUGCGUACGCUCAUGCGAUUGGACUGACCAGCCAUGUGGUCUGUUCGUAGAGAUGGACAAGAUCCGGAUCGAAGACCACCUAUGGUGUUGGCAUGGUGUGAAGAAACGCACUCCCUGCCAAUUCGAAGAUUGCUCGGACAUAGGGGUAAUGAUACAUUUGAGCCGUCACAUCGAAAGCGUCCACUUUGAGAUGUCCUACCAAUGCCCCUACUGCAAAAGAUCGUUGUCGAGGGUUGAUUCUGUGGGUCGGCACCAGAAGGGGUGCAAGCCAUUGCUUGCUAGCAGGGCGCAUGCUGAGCAUGGAGGGUACGAUUUCUGUCUCCAAGGGUUGAUCAAAAUUGUCCAUGGGUAUAUUGUCCCUGCCAAGAACGCGACCUAGGAAUAUUGUUGUCUCCAAUUCUUGAAACCACUUCUCUCUAUGAUUAAAGACACUAGGUUCAUUCUAUUACUUGCAUUCCUUUCGAAUAUUUCCUAUUUUUGACUUGUUUUCCUCCCUUCGUUCUUGCUUAGUGCAUCUUCUAUAUGCUUAUUGGGUUAUCUUUAUUGCACAUCUUUAUCGCACGCUGGACGUAGCUGAUAGAUCGUAUCCCACCAUGGAGCCUGGACCUUUGAAUCGCAUUUGUUAUGAAUGAAACAUACAUAC